AUGUCCUAUCAAGACGUUCAGGAAAAAAAAAAUGAAGAUAUAAAUUAUGAUGAAAUAGCUAGCAGCAUGCUAGAGAAGAUGGACAAACAUAUAAAUGGAGAAAAACAACCAACGAUACAUUAUGAAAAUUUAAAUGUACAAGAGCAAGAGGGAGCACAUGCUUAUUACUCAAAUCAAGAUAUAAAUAACAUAAAUAGCAGUAUGUCGUUUUUGAAAAAUGUCAAAGAAUUAAAUUCAUCAAAUAUAUUAGAUCAUCGAACAACAACAAAUGACGUAGGAUAUCCUCGUCGUGUUAUGACAGCAUUAGGACCUUUACCCUUACCAGAAGAAUUUAAAAAGAACAUACCCGAAAAAUUUGUUGCCAAACCUAUUAUUGAAGAGAGGGAGAUAUAUGUAUCUAAGAAAGAACGAAAACAAAGAGAAAUUGAAAUACCACAUGUGAAAUAUGAACAUACGUUUGAAAAGGUAAAAAAGCAAUUGAAGGUUAAUAAGUUAGUACCUAAUGUUACACAAGUAAUAAAAGAAGUACCAAAAGAAAUAUUAAAACCAGUUAUAGAAGAAAAAAUUAUUGAAGUACCUCAAGGAGUAAAAUAUGUAGAAGUUCCUGUAGAAGUACCAUGUUUGUAUCCACCUAAAAUAAUGCCCAAAGUUGUAACUCAAUAUGUAGAAAGAAUAGUUGAAACUAUCAAACCAGUUGUACAAGAAAAAAUUAUUGAGGUACCUCAAACAGUAAUUAAACAAGUACCCAAAAUUAAAACAGUUGAAGUUCCAUAUUAUGUUCCAAGAUAUGUUGAAAAAAUCAUAGAAGUACCUUUUAAACCAAAUGGGGAAAUGCCCAAAAUAGCUACACACCUACCUAUUUCAAUAUCAGACUCCUUACCCCCCCUAAAACCGACCCACAUAUUAAGCGCACAAAAUGAAAAAAAUAUUACUAAGCAUAAUAACAAUAUGAACAGUAAUAAUAUGAAUAAUAUGAAUCCAUUCCAAACAACAAAUUUCAUGAUGCCUCUAAUGAAUUGCUUUCAACAAAAUCCAGAUCCGAAUACAUUAAAAAACUCUGAAAAUGGUAUACCUAAUAUGAAUAUGUCACCAACUAUUUUAAGACCUAUUAAUUCUAGAGAUACACCCAAUAACAAUAUGAACCCUCAAGAACAUAUUAAAAAUAAUAUAACACCAUAUCCAAACAACUCUUUAAAUUCUAAUUUUACAAAUUAUAACAUGCCCCAAAAUUUAUAUAGUCAAAUAGAAAAUUUGCCACAUGCACAUAAUUUACCAGAUGGGUUCCAAUGGCAAUAUCCUGAUGGAGUAUCAAAUAAUCCCUUGUGUAAUACUAGAAAUAUGCCAUCUCUUGUUGUUACUUGUCCUCCACAAAUUGGUCGCGUUACCUGCACAAGAAAGGAUAUCCAACCAGAUAUUCUUACUAAAACAGGGGUCUAUGAAUUUGAUGGAUUUAAAAAAAAAGGUACAUCUCAAUCUCUUUUUCCUCCUUUAGCUCAUCAUAAUAGAGUCCCUUUUCUACCAGCUCCAGCUGCUCCUGGAACUCCUGAUAUAGAAAACAUUGAAAAAAAUAUGUAA